AUGAAUCAAAGGCUUCAAUAAAGCGAUGACCUCUGACCCUGCCCUUCCCGCUCUCGCAGCACCCGGGCCCCCCAGGCCAGAGCGUGGACAUCCCCUCGAGGCCCGGCCCGACCCCCUGACCCCGGGGGCCGCCAUGGCCCGCAGCGUCAGCGCCUUCGGCCCCAUGGAGGAGGCCCCCGCCCGGCUGAGCCACGGCAUGCCCACCUCGGGGAGCCUGCCCAGCCGCCUCAACAAGGCCACGGACCCCCUGAGCACGGAGGUGGCGCCUGCACCACCCCGGCCGGUGACGGUGCCCUACCUCAGCCCGCUGGUGCUGUGGAAGGAGCUGGAGAGCCUGCUGGAGAACGAGGGCGAGGGGGUGGUGGCGGCGGCCGAGCUGGUGGACCAGCACCCCAUCAUCUACUGGAACCUGCUGUGGUACUUCAGACGGCUGACCUGCCCCAGCAACCUGCCGGGCCUGUGCCUGACGUCGGAGCACUGCAACAGGGACGCGCAGAUCCCUCGUCAUUGGAUGUCUGAGGACAGUAAGCAUGUUCUGAUCCAGAUCCUGUGGGACAACCUGAAGCUCCACCAGGACCCCGUCCAACCCUUCUACAUCCUCUGGAACACACACAACGUGGGCUACCCACUGUCCCGGGCGCUGCGGGCCGAGGAGCGCCCCUUCAACGAGGAGCUGCUGCAGCUGGUGGUGAGGAGCAUCCAGAGGAACGACCUCACGCGGCCCAUGGCCAAGCUGCUGCAGCUGCUGGCCCAGACACUGGGGGUCACGAGGCAAAGGAGUUUAUAUCGGGACAUCCUGUUCCUCUCUCUGGUGGCACUAGGAAAAGACAACAUUGAUAUCGACGCCUUCGAUCGGGAAUACAAGAUGGCGUACGACCGCCUCCCCCCCAACCUGGUGAAGCUGACCCAUAACUGUGACCGGCCCCCCAGCACGGGGGUCAUGGAGUGUCGGCGGACGUUCGGAGAGCCCUACCCUUUAAAGAAAAGAUAUGUGUUUUAAAGAAAGAAACCUUCCAUGUCCCCCCUUAAGACCAGCUCAGGAACAAACCGUCAGAAUACUGUGAACGCAGCGGCCCACGUCGGUGUUUCGGUCCGCGACGCGUCGGAGUCGACGCGAGUACAGAAAGCCCCGGGAAGGCGAGGGAAGGCGAACGUAGGCCGCUGACACCAAAAAGAGGAGCUUUGUGUGUUUCAUCUCAGCAGUGGUCCGACGGAGCGGUGUAGUGCCCUAUACACGCGACGUUAAACGGCUUGAUGUCUUUUCUUUCAAACUAUUGUGUUAGAGAAUCGGUACUGUAUUAUACACCCUGCAUACCUGUAGGAUUUAAAACAAACGAAAAAUGUAACGUUUAUAUUGUAUAGUCCAAAAAAUAUAUACUUAUAGCGUUAGCAAUAUUUUACCGAACUUGAAUUCUAUUUAACAAAGUACGCUUUAUUUAUUGUUCGUCUGUGUUGGCAGGCGUCUCUCUUUCGGGCGGGGCCUUGGGUCCUCUGAGAUUAGUUUAGGGUCGGAGCAGCACGGCAUGCUGGGAAAUGGUUUCGGACACGUUACACACUUGGGUUCGCGGAGGGCAAACCGCAAACAUCUCAGUAUCUCUCGAAGCUGGCAGAAAUGAUGGCCCGUUAAUCACAGCCUGUCCCAGACACAAGGAGGACUUUGUUACAGUGCUACGUUGUUAUAGGAGAGUGUGGUAGGAAUAGGGUCAAUGUUUAAAGCCCCUUUGAAUGUUUUUAAUCUGCCUUCAGUGUUAGACGCAUAUGUCGAUGGCGGCCCCCCCCAGCGGCUACGGUACAACUACCUUUUUAAUCCUAAUCCUUUAAAAGUUGUUUACAAAAACUUUAUUUAAAUCAUGUAUUCUCAUACUAUGCACAUGUAUGUAUUUUUUUUUUUUCGUUUUUUUUUUUAUAUGAUUUGCUUUGGGGUCACCAGUGGAAUAACUCGCUGUUUUUUUGCAGCCGUCAAAAAUAUCAGUAUUAUCGUUGGUUGUCGUGUAAUGUUUAUAUUAUGUUUUUUGUCUGCGAUGAAAAGAGAAGGGAUCUUGAUGGAAAACUGCGAUGGUUCUGGAUGUCAGAGAGAGGGCCGGAGCACACAAACCGAGUAUAUUCAGCGGCGUAACUGAAUACAGUGCAGCUUGUUUAUCAAUUCAAUACAAGAAGUUUAAAUGACACGUGAUUUGAUUAUUAUGUACAAGUGCUGCUGCAGUCUGCUGCACAAAUAGAGCCCUACAAGCAGGAGUCGCUGCUAGACAAUUGAGUCACAAGAUGAGCUUCUCUGUACGAGGACAAGAAUAAGAUUAGUCUUUUGAUCGAUGUUUUGAUUCGCUAGUCCACUCUCAUUUUAUAUUUUUGCAUUGAAUGGAAACAGCCCCACAGUUUAAGCAUUGAGCAAAACGAACAUUAUAAUUCUUCUAAUCACUUUACGAUCGCGAUCAGAUAGCAAGAUCUCAGAUGUGUGCCUUGCUGGCAGGGAUUCUGCUCCCGUCGCUCAGACAGACAAAGAAGCUGUUAAAGAGGUACGACUGCCGCAUGGUGUAGAUGAAGUCACUUUAAGAUGACAUCAAUGGUAAUGGCUAUCGAUUCUAUAACCACAAAAUGGCUCUCGUUCAGGAGGGCCCCCCUGUGUGUGAUAACGCCCCCGCCCGCCCUUAACUCGGUUUUAGGGAGAUGGAUGGAUGGCUUGAUGCACAACGGAGGGGUUUAAAGCUGCUGUUGGAAUUUGAGAGUUGCAAAGGGACGGAUUAGGAAAAUAAACGCCCCCUUCCUUCAGGCACCUGUGUUGGAGCUGUGUUAAUGCAAUGCUGGGCGCGUGCCUGUGAUUGACAGCCAAGAUUGAUUCUCCAAACCAAUCGGGGAUGAGAGGCCGUGAUUGGUCAGAAAAGAUCCGUGAGCGUCCUAAAAUCGAUAUAGUAUCAAACAGAGUAGAAAAUAUAUUCUCAAAGAGUAUUUCCCUCAUUAAACACUGACGCAUUGCGCUGGCAUUUGUAAUAAACGAUACAAAAACUAAGCUCUCAACUCUCACCUACAGCACCUUUUAAGGCAGGGGUCACCAACACAGGUGCCCGCAGGCCUGUUCUAAACAUAGCACAACUCAUUCUUGAACAACUCUUUCCCACCUUUUUUUAAGUCAUUGUUGAUAAUUAUUGUGAGAAAUCAUUAACAUGAUCAUUGUCUUCACAUAGAUGAGUAUCAUUAAUCAUUAAUAAUGAUAUGUAACUAAAGGCAAACUUAGCAAAUUUGUUAUUUCAGAAGAGUGUAUCAAACUGGGUGCCCUUCGUAUGACUCAGUACCCAUGAAGUAGCUCUCAGGUUCAAAAAGGUUGGUGACCCCGGUUUUAAGAAUAUACUCAAACACUUUACCAAAGGGGAACGUUAAGUGAAAGGUUAUGACGUCUGGGAAAAGCAACAGGUUUUGCUGAAACGGGUGAAACAUUGCAGACUUAUGGUUCUGCUGGCACUUGAUUGGUUUGCUUCCACUUUGUAUUUGCUUCCAUUUUAUAUUUGCCAUUUGGCCGUCACUAACCACUCAUCUGCGACACGAUCAGUCGUGAUAUUUGCCCUUGCGUUCAAAUGGAUGGUUUGAAAUGAGAUGUAAAGCCCAACCACUACGCCAGCAGAAACUCUGGGAAACUGAUUGUGUUCUUUUGACCAAAGCUGGAAAAUGUUAUAUGACGUAUUAGGUAUAAAUAUAUCUAUUUUUUAAAAGCUUUAUAUAUGCUGAUGUUGCAUGUUUGUGUAGAUAUGCAUUUACAUUUUCUGCAUUUUUAUUAUACUACAAAAUGUGUAAAUAGUCUCUAUAUAAUAAUAUAGACUAUUUGCUUACCAAUAUUUGUACAUCAUAUUUUUACCACUUAAACCCUGUGUAGUUAACUUGUGGAUUCAAUGUCUGAUGAUGUAAAGAAAAUGUGAUGGCUUUCACAGUUUGUUACUACAAGAAGUGCCCAAAUGACUUUCUAAAGUCCCAACACACUGGACUAGUUUUACUUUAAAAAUAAUCUAGUCACACAAUUUCAUAGUAUAAGGUGUUCACAUUUGUUAAAAUAGUUGUUCUUGAACAAUAUACUGACACUUAAUGUCAGGCAAGUAAACCUAAAUUACCCAGAAAAUGUUAAGGCAACAUGUCCAUCUAUGUGUGUGUCUCUCUUAAGACUACAAACAAUUGUGACGACCAUCUCACUCAUGUCUCAAUUACUCAAAACACUACUAUUUUUUUUACAUAUCAAGUUUUGUUUUCCUUUGGUCCGAAUUAUUUGUAUGCUGCUUUAAUCAAUAUUCCUUAUACAUCACCACUGUUUCUGUGUUGUAACUCUAGCAAAACAUCUUUUGAUGUUGACUUAACAGAAUUGAUUAUUAAUCACUUUGAAGUUGGUAUAGCCUGUGUUGGCAAAAGAUUUAACGACCGAUUUGAUUUUAAUCUUUAGUGCUACAUGGCUUAUACCCUGAUGCUCAAACAAAAUUGUUCAUGCUGUUUGUGUAUCCUGAAUUCUAAGUUACUGCUAUAUGGGAAAAAAAAGGGUCACUUUUCACGUCUUGGGUACAAACUAGGUAUAUAAAAGGGAAAAAGUAUUGAAUUUGGGUCUGGCUGUUGUCAAAGAAUACGUGGUUUGACUGUUAAUGUCGUUCUAAAAACAGAUAUGACAUGUUGUCCUUCCUUUGUUGCACCAAGCUGGUUGGGUGAGGAUUCCUUGGCACAGAGGUGUCUCAUGAUCCUGGCCAUGCUAAUGGACCUGAUCUGAACAGGGUCUCCGAGUUGUCCAACUGUGAUGUGAUGGCAAAAGUUGUUUGUCAUCCAGCAACACAUUCGGUGUAUAUGUGGAACCAAUUGUACAGAAGUUUCACCCGAAGGUCGGACCUGCCCCAAUGCAUAGAGCUAAUUUAGUCUUUAUCGUCUUUAGACAGUGAAAGAUUGAAAAAAAGAAAAGCUCCUGUAAACAUGGUGAGAUUCUUCACCAUGUCGUGUUCAUAACUCUGUAAAUAAAUCAACUUAUACUGUAA